AUGUUCAAAGGUAGGUUGUCAAGCCUAAGAAGAUCUUUUACGAGCCCUGAAGCGGACUCAUCAUCCAACGAAACAAAAGAGGAAAGCGGCCGCUCCAGUUUCUUCGACGAGGAACCCUUGCCAGAGGUUUCAUUCCAUGGGUAUGCUGCAACAACCAAGCAUCGACUGUUGACGCCGGAAAUAUCUGACGAGGUCAGAAAUCAAAUGCCCACUCGUAUACAGCUGUACCCUGACUGGCAGCUGCUGUAUAGUCUUGAACAAGACGGUGCAUCUCUCCAUUCAUUAUAUGGCAAAGUGGCACCCGAUGCCAAGAACCCCGGGCGGGUCGGUUAUGUGCUACUAAUUGAGGAUCGCAAGGGGGGCAUUUUCGGUGCAUAUACGAAUGAACCUUUUCGGCCCACUGAACGCAAACGCUAUUAUGGUAAUGGCGAGUGCUUUCUAUGGAAAAUUGAAAAGGCUGCUACUAUCAACAUCGGAAAUGCCAAAGCUUCAUGCUCUAGGAGCUCCGACCACCAUUGGAGAUUCCGGUCUUACCCCUUCACCGGCCUCAACGAGUUCGUAAUAUAUUGUACGAGCGAGUUCCUAUCGAUGGGCGCGGGAAAUGGACACUACGGUCUCUGGUGUGAUAGCAGUCUCAUAAAUGGAGUAUCCGACCCCAGUCUAACAUUUGGAAACGAUGUCUUAAGCCGCGAGGGCAAUAAGUUCCACAUAGUUAACUUAGAAGUGUGGAGGGUCGGCUAA